CAUCAGCUGCAUUACGUCGUCUCUCCGGCUGAGCUCCACCACAAAAUCCUCUGUAAUAGCAGAGGAACGUCUCGUACGUAGAUAUUUCUUUAACAAGCUGUUUUUUACUUUUGAGUGUUUUCAUGGCUGCUCGGAUACAUCAGCUCGCUCAACCAAGAGCAGACCAGCUCAGAUCUCCUGACCGUCGCUCCGUUUACUGGCUGGAUAAAUUACCACCAGAAAGGACGGGAUCCACCACCAACAAGUUAACCCCUCGAUUGUUGGAUUUAUGCAAAAGCAAAAGAUUCGACUCUCAAGACACGAUCUCACCGAUCUGGGCGGUGAGUAAGUGCGCUCUGAAGGCAGUUGCCUCACAGAGGCUGUGUCGUCUGGCUGAGCCGCGGCGGCCUGUGACUGGCUGGCAGCUCGCCCGCCAGCUGCCAGUUCCGCUUGUUUGUGGUUUUUUCUGUCAGCUGAGCAGCGGUACUCAGACUGUAGUUGCAACUCCACGGAUUUUCCGGCUCGCACAACCAAAAAUAAGACGGGUUCAGGAUGGAUCCGGCCAAAAAUGUAAAGCUGGCCUUUUGACCCACCUCCCCAGCAAAGCAAACGCUCACAUAGAGCUGCUGGCGACCCCGAAGCAUGACCAUCCCAUGUUCAAAGGGGAGCGCUCGGCGUGUUGGCCCGUCUCCAGAACGGCACGACACCAUGCAGCCAGCCAGAGGCUUCACGAUCUGGCCGCCCCCAGAGAGCGGAAGGCUCUGUUUGAGGGGUACGACCCAUACGCCGUCAGCCGGGCCGCCCGGUCCGCCCAGCCCUCUCCACGGAUCCAGCAGCUGUGUUUACCUCUGCCCCGUAAAUGUAUCUCACAGUAGGA